AGGAGUUAAGGACGGCCAGCCGGAUCCUGACCGUGGUGCAGGCGCCAUGUUUAUGUUGACAGCCGACAGACAAGUUUUCAAGAGAAUUUCGAAUGUUGACGUUCCAGACGGUCUGGCGUGGAAUGCACAGAAGACAAAGUUUUACUUUGUUGAUGCUUUCAGUGGAAAUGUCAGCUGUUACGAUUACGAUAAUGAGUCGGGGCAAAUUUCGAACAGAAGGGCAAUCUUCAUUCUGAAAGAGCAUAACAUAACCGGAUUCCCAACUGGAGUAACUAUAGACACGGAAGGGAUGCUGUGGGUCGGCGUUUUCAUUGGUGGACAGGUAUUGAGGAUUGACCCGGAGUCUGGUAAACUGUUGAGGUCGAUAAAAAUACCAGGCAAACAGGUGACAAGUGUCGCAUUUGGAGGGAAAAAACUGGACACUUUAUUCGUGACAACGUCACAGAUUCUACAGGAGAUUUCCCCACCAACCAAGAACGAUGGCAGGGUUUACUAUGUAACUGGCCUCAAGUCUUCUGGAAAGCCAAUUAUAGGAUAUCCUCCACAAUGUGUAAACCUAACAUGAAGUUCACAAUAAACAAGUGCAGGUUGUUCAUGAAAUUGAAUGAUCAAUGUAUGGUGGAUGACUGUAUGCUGAAUAAAAGAUUAACCAA